AUGUCCGGUAUCCUGAAUCUGUCCAAGCCGCGCCUGGUGCAAUUGGCUUCCUCCGCCAUCUCCUUCAUCCUCUGCACAGCUGCCCUUGGCGUAUCGGCACAUAGCUUCCACGUCUAUCGGACAGAGCGUGAGACGAAUCCCUGGUGGCUCCCACUAUGGCCUGCGCACUUCAACGUACACGGAACGACGGCCUUGAUAGGAACAUCUGCCAGCAUCCUCAUGCUUAACCUGUUUUACCUUACUCUAUCUUUUGUUCCUAGGUUCGAGCUCGCCCACCGACCAACCAUGGCAGCCAUCCUGGGAAUUGCGGUCUCGCUACCCGCUGGACUGAUCUCGCUCUGCACCGUCAUCUACGUGCAUGUCCUGAAUAAUAACGCGCCGGGCGUCGAUACCAUUCAGACGUGGACAUGCCGCUUCAGCUCCAGCAAGCCGGCCAUCACCAAUCUUCAAGUAUCUGAUCAAAUGAGCAAUCAUCUCUUCGGCAGUCUUUGCGAGCAGAGCAAAUUCGCGCUCUACGCCAUGCUGGUAGUCUGCCUCCUGCAGGGCCUGUUACUGGCAACAGCGCUAGUUGGAUGGGUUGUGGAGAAGUGGGCGCAGCACAAGAGUGGGAACAACAAAAGUCAGGACGAGAGCAGCAUGGAAAUGGGUUCCAGAGCAAGCGCGGAGAAGGACGGCAAUGUUACGAUGAACGUGCAUAGUUUGGCGUAG